GCUUAGGACGUGCCUAUGGCCUGUCCACGUCCGUCGCACACCACUGAGAGCUUUGUCCUCUGAACUUCUGACCAGUUCUAGCGACUAAAGCUGGCCUCCCAGAUGUGUGGAACUGUCCCAGAAGCUGUAGCUCUUCGCCACCAUCUUCACCUUUUUCCUUCUGAGAGAUCCUGAAAGCUUUGCCAUGGAAAAGUACCACGUGUUGGAGAUGAUUGGAGAAGGCUCUUUUGGGAGAGUGUACAAGGGUCGGAAAAAAUACAGUGCUCAGGUAGUGGCCCUGAAGUUCAUCCCAAAGCUGGGGCGCUCAGAGAAAGAGCUGAGGAAUCUGCAACGUGAGAUCGAAAUCAUGCGGGGUCUGCGGCAUCCCAACAUUGUGCAUAUGCUUGACAGCUUUGAGACUGAAAAAGAGGUGGUGGUGGUAACAGACUAUGCUGAGGGAGAGCUCUUUCAGAUCCUAGAAGAUGAUGGAAAACUUCCUGAAGACCAGGUUCAGGCUAUUGCUGCCCAGUUGGUGUCAGCCCUGUACUAUCUGCAUUCCCACCGCAUCCUACACCGAGACAUGAAGCCACAGAACAUCCUUCUUGCCAAGGAUGGUGGCAUCAAGCUCUGUGACUUUGGAUUUGCCCGGGCUAUGAGCACCAACACGAUGGUGCUGACGUCAAUCAAAGGCACACCACUGUAUAUGUCUCCAGAACUGGUGGAAGAGCGACCAUAUGACCACACAGCAGAUCUCUGGUCUGUGGGCUGCAUCCUGUAUGAGCUGGCUGUAGGCACCCCUCCCUUCUAUACCACAAGCAUCUUUCAGCUAGUCAGCCUCAUUCUUAAGGACCCUGUGCGCUGGCCUUCUACCAUCAGUCCCUGCUUCAAGAACUUUCUGCAGGGGCUACUCAUCAAGGACCCUCGUCAGCGUCUGUCCUGGCCAGACCUCUUACAUCACCCCUUUAUUGCUGGUCGUGUCACCAUAAUAACAGAGCCAGCAAGCUCAGAUUUGGGUACCCCAUUCACCUGUCACCCACCUCCAGAUCUUCAGGUCCUAAAGGAAGAACAGGCCCAUAGGCUGGCCCCCAAGGGUAAUCAGUCUCGCAUCUUGCACCAGGCCUAUAAACGCAUGGCUGAGGAGGCCAAGCAGAAGAAACACCAGAAUGCAGGACCUGCCCUUGCACCAGAGGACAGGACCAGCAAGGUGACUCCUGGCACAGCACCUCUGCCUGGACUAAAGGCCACGCCUCAGGAAUCAAGCCUCUUGGCUGGGAUCUUGGCCUCAGAAAUGAAAAGCAACUGGGCUGAGUGGGAGGCUGGAGAAACUCUCCCUGCAUCUCGGGAAAAGCCUAUUACACUGGAUUGUGAACAAGCAUUCCCAGAGUUGAAGCCAGAGAUUGUGUGCCAGCGGAGCAUUGAUGCAGUGGACCUAGAAAACGAGGAGCCAGACAGUGAUGAAGAAUGGCAACACUUUCUAGAGACCACUGAGCCUGUACCUAUUCAGCUAAAGGCCCCUCUCACCCUGCUGUGCAAUCCUGUCUUCUGCCAGCGCAUCCAGAGUCAGCUACAUGAGACUGGAGGGCAGAUACUGAAAGGCAUCCUAGAGGGUGCUUCCCACAUCCUCCCUGCACUCCGGGUCCUGAGCAAUCUUCUGGCCAGCUGCAGUAACUCUGUUCCCUUAUAUUCCUUCUGCCGGGAGGCAGGACUGCCUGGGCUGCUGCUCAACCUACUCAGGCAUAGCCAGGAGAGCAAAAGUAUCCAGCAGCAACCUUGGUAUGGGACCUUCUUAAAGGAUCUGAUGGCUGUGAUUCAGGCCUACUUUGCCUGCACCUUCAAUCUGGAGAGGAACCAGACAGGUGACAGCCUACAGGUGUUUCAGGAGGCUGCCAACCUCUUUCUGGACCUGCUGGGGAAACUGUUGACCCAACCAGAUGACACUGAGCAGACACUGCGAAGGGACAGCCUUAUGUGCUUUGCUGUUCUGUGUGAAGCCAUGGACGGGAACAGCCGAGCCAUCUCCAAAGCCUUUUACUCCAGCCUGUUGACCACACAGCGUGCUGUGUUGGAUGGUCUCCUUCAUGGCUUGACAGUUCCACAGCUCCCUUUCCACACACCCCCAGGAGCCCCACAAGUGAGCCAGCCACAACGGGAACAGAGUGAUGACCUGCCUACAGCCAUUUCCUGUGCCCUGGCAGCCAUGUGCACUGCCCCUGUGGGACUGCCUAGCUGUUGGGAUGCUAAGGAGCAGGUCUCUUGGCAUUUGGCAAAUCAGCUAACAGAGGACAACAGCCAACUGAGGCCGUCCCUAAUCUCUGGCCUGCGGCAUCCUAUCCUGUGCCUCCACCUUCUCAAGGUUCUCUACUCCUGCUGCCAUGUGAGUGAGCGUCUGUGCCAUAUUAUAGGACAAGAGCCCCUGGCCUUGGAGUCACUGUUGAUGUUGGUCCAGAGCAAGGCAAAAGUAGUGGAUUGGGAAGAAUCCACUGAAGUAGCACUACACCUUCUCUCCCUUCUUGUCUUUCGGUUCCAAGAUCUGCCUUUGGGAAUGGAGAAGCUAGGCAGUGAGGUUGCUACUCUCUUUACCCACUCACACGUCGUCUCUCUUGUGAAUGCAGCAGCUUGUCUCUUGGGACAACUUGGUCAGCAAGGGGUGACCUUUGACCUACAGCCCAAGGAAUGGAUUGCCGCAGCUGCACAUGCCCUGUCUGCCUCUGCAGAGAUCCGGCUGACUCCACCAGGUAGCUGUGGGUUCUAUGAUGGUGUCCUCAUCCUUCUGCUGCAGCUCCUUACCCAGCAGCGGAAGGCCAGCCUAAUCAGAGAUGUGGCUAGCUCAGAUGUGUGGACCAUUUUGUGGCACCGUUUCUCUAUGGCCCUGAAGCUACCUGAGAAGGCAUCUACACAGGAAGAGGGGAUGUCACUAUCUAGUUCACCCAACCCAGAGCCAGACUGGACACUAAUCUCACCCCAAGGCAUGGUGGCCCUGCUAAGCCUUGCCAUGGCUACCUUCACCCAGGAACCCCAGUUAUACCUGAGCUACCUGUCCCAGCGUGGAAGUAUCCUCAUGUCCAACCUGAAGCACCUGCUUUCCCCCAGCUUCCUGCAUCACCUGAGUCGGGCGCCUCACGGGCCUGAGUUUCUUCCUGUUGUGGUGCUCUCCGUGUGCCAGCUCCUCUGCUUCCCCUUUGCCCUGGAUGUGGAUGCUGACCUCCUUGUAGGUAUCUUGGCUGACCUCAGGGACUCAGAAGUUGCAGCCCACCUGCUUCAGGUCUGCUGCCACCAUCUUCCAUUGUCCCAAGUCGAGCUGCCCAUCAGCCUCCUCACCCGCCUGGCCCUCACGGAUCUCACUUCUCUCAACCAGUUUGUGAACACAGUGGCUUCCUCUCCUAGAAUCAUCAUCUCAUUCCUCUCUGUUGCUCUCUUGAGUGAUCAGCCACUAACAAUUUCUGACCUUCUCUCCCUGCUGGCCCACACAGCCCGGGUACUGUCUCCUAGCCAUUUGUCCUUUAUCCAAGAGCUCCUGGCUGGCUCUGAUGAAUCCUAUCGGCCCCUACGCAGCCUCUUGGGCCACCCAGAGAACUCUGUGCGGGCCCGUACUUACAGGCUCCUGGGACACUUGCUCCAAUACAGCAUGGCCCUGCGUGGGGCAUUACAAAGCCAGGCUGGACUGCUCAGCCUUCUGCUGUUGGGACUUGGAGACAAGGACCCUGCUGUGCGGCGCAGUGCCAGCUUUGCUGUGGGCAAUGCAGCUUACCAGGCUGGUCCUCUGGGACCUGCCCUGGCAUCUGCGGUGCCCAGUAUGGCCCAGCUCCUUGGAGAUUCUCAGGCUGGUAUCCGGCGCAAUGCUGCAUCAGCUCUUGGCAACUUGGGGCCUGAGGGAUUGGGAGAGGAACUAUUACAGUGCCAAGUACCCCAGCGGCUCCUAGAGAUGGCAUGUGGAGAUCCUCAGCCAAAUGUGAAGGAGGCUGCUCUCAUUGCCCUCCGGAGCCUCCGACAGGAGCCCUGUAUCCAUCAGGUGCUUGUGUCUUUGGGUGCCAGUGAGAAAUUAGCCUUGCUCUCUCUGGGGAAUCAAUUGCUGCCUCAUGGCAACCCCAGGCCUGCCUCUGCCAGACACUGCAGAAAACUCAUCCACCUCCUGAGGCCAACCCACAGCACGUGAUCCCGGAUUCCUGGGGUCCAUCCUCCAGCCUUCAUUGCCCUACUAUUGCCAAGUCCUCCUUAUUCUCCUGUACAAGCCACUAACUCAACUGAGAGCUGAAGAGUGAAAAAGAAUGAUAAGCUGCCAACUCACCUGAGAGCGAGAAACUAGAACAGAUUAAUGUAUAAAGCCCCUUUCUUCCCUCAGAUUCAGGAUGAUUUCAGCCAGUAAACUUCAUUGUUGUUGGUGCCAGAGAUUUCUUCGUUCUCUACAUCCUGGGGUCUUUCUCCAAUAAUGUGCCUUUAAGCGCAGGAAGGAACAUGUCUCUGGGACCUUAGGGAAACACCUCCAGCUGACAGAUCUCUUCUUUUCUGGUGUUCCUGUAAUCCUCCCAGUGGUUUUUGCCUUAAGAUACACUAGCCUCUGCCUCAGCAGUAGGCUAUGGGGAUAAAUGCCAUCACCUCAGUUGUUAAGAGGUUCCCCAGCCCUUAGCCCACAUUCUUUCCA